AUUCUCGCCUCAUUGUUUCUUAAUAGGGAACUGAUCUACUGAGGUAGUUCCCCUUUUCACAAUAUUGGCUUCCAACCAGUUCAAUGACUCUCCAGGGUUAGAAAGGGGUUUGUUACAUUAUCUCAGUCAGUUGCUAAUAUUACAAACCCUUAUCUGAAAUUCCAACACUGGGCUACAGUGGGCAUUCCAGAGCCAGAGCAGCAGCUUCAGAAAACUAAAGAACUCACGGGUAAUUGGCUGGAAAAUGGACUCCUGGUGUAUCACUGACGAAGACAUGGCGGAGGUCAAGAAGGAAGCGUUGGAGCGUCUGCGUCCGUACCUCUGUGAGAAGCUAGUGGCAGACCGCCACCUGGACUACCUCCGGUCCAGGAGGGUCCUUACGCGGGACGACGCCGAGGACAUCUGCUGCAGGGUGGGGAACAGCAAGAAGACCGGUAGGAUGCUGGACUACUUAGCCGAGAACCCCAGGGGCCUCGACUACCUCGUGGAGUCCAUAUGCCGAGUGAGGACAAAGGACUUUGUCAUCGGGAAGAUCACCAACGAAGUUGAGGUGGUGAAGAUGGAGAGGAGAGAGGCGGCCAUCUUGUCAGCAGCAGGUAGUUCUUCACCGGUCUGUAUAUGCAAAGAGAGAACUCCCUUUGUGUCGUUGCAGAGUGGCAGUAGUGAAGCACAGUCCAUCCAAACCUCUCUGUCCAACUCAGAAGACAAGUGGGGUCAAAAUGAAGCAUCCUUUUCCUGGAGUGCCCUUCCUGAAGGAGUUAGUGUUUCUUCUCUACACAGUCUGCCAAAACCAGGAGAGCAGGGCGCCCCUUCAGUGCCCCUUGAGGACAACGAGCCCGGGACCUUAAGAGUCUGAGAGCAGUGACCAGUUUCACACCAUCCGUUCCUUUUCAACCCCCCCCUCGGUGAUGGAGUAAUACAGAAUGUCUGGAUUCAAACACAGGUUGGAUUAUAUGGGGACAGUAAAGGGUUAGGUUUUAUUGUGUCAUAACUGUACAUGUCAUCGUUAUCGAAUGUUUUAUUUUCCAUAUCAUAAAAGCGUACAGUGAAGCCACAAGACGUGGGUUCUAACACGUUUGUUCUAGCAAUAAAAUGUUUUACUGAAAACGUUCUGUUAUUGAAAUGCAAAAUAAAAUCCUGUACUUCUCCAUCAUGAAAAAAAACAGAACUAUUACAAAAUGGAUGCGUGCCAGAAAGUUGUACUGGAGAGCUUUAGUUUCAUAUCUUCAUCUGCCACAGUAUAAGGAAAUGGCGCACGGCAGAGCUUCCUGUUUCUCUGAGGCACAGUCCCACUUCAUGUCCCUAUUUGAACUUCUGCCAGGCAUCCAUAUUCUAGGAAAUGAUCAAAUCAACAUGUUUAUGUUUUCUGGGAUUUUAUUUUAAUUCAGGAUGUGCAAUUUUGACAUACUGACAAGAACUCAAGGGAAACUA